AUGGCAGCAAACUCAACUCCAGUUCCUCUCCUUACUCCUUACAAAAUGGGGAGUUUUGAGCUCUCUCAUAGAGUAGUGAUGCCACCAAUGACAAGGAACAGAUCAUACCAUAAUACUCCACAGCCGCAUGCUAUUGAAUAUUAUGCUCAAAGAGCCACUAAAGGGGGAUUUCUCAUUUCUGAAUCAACUAGUGCUUCUGACAUCUCCAAUGGGUCCCCAAAUAUGCCUGGAAUUUGGAUAGAAGAUCAAAAGGAAGCUUGGAAGCCCAUUGUUGACUCUGUUCAUGGCAAAGGGGGUGUCUUUUUUUGCCUCAACAAUUUCCUUAUAGCUUGGAAUGCAGGGCGACUAUCCAACUCGAGCCUCAACAAUUUCCUUAUAGCUUGGAAUGCGGUACCUGAUGAUGGUGAGUACUUCAGACCAACACCAAAACAACUAGGUGCUAAUGAACUCCCUCUCAUUGUCAACGAUUUUAGAAUUGCAGCCCACAAUGCCAUUGAAGCUGGAUUUGAUGGAGUCGAGAUCAACUCCGCAAACAGCUACAUAAUCGAUCAAUUCUUGAACGAUCAAAUCAACGACAGGACAGAUGAAUAUGGCGGAACCAUCGAGAACCGUUGUAGACUUGCUCUCGAAAUUAUUGGAUCAGUUAUGGAAGAAAUCGGAGCAGACAGAGUUGGCGUAAAACUCUCAUUGUUUUCCGAAGUGCACGGGAAAAAGGACUCGAACCCAGAAGCUCUGUCGACUUAUUUGGCUAGUGAACUUACUAAGCUCGGAGUUUUAUAUCUUCAUGUGUUCGAGCCAAGGGAUGAACCCCGUUGCCUCAAAUCAACUAGGAAGGCUUUUGAAGGGACACUUAUUGCUUCUGGUGGAUACAAUAAAACUGAGGGAGAUGAAGCUAUAGUUGAAAGUUAUGCUGAUUUGGUCUCAUUUCGACGUUUGUUUUUGGCAAAUCCUGAUUUGCCUAAGCGUUUUGAAGUGAAUGCACCAUUGAACAAGCAUGAUAGGAGCACUUUCUAAAAGACUGAUCCAGUUUUGGGUUACUCUGAUUAUCCAUCUCUUGAAGUUGCUUGUUAGGUUUUAAUCUUCGUGAAAAAUAAUGGAAUUUGCAGCUUCUAGUUGAUAAAGGGGGUAUUGUUUUCUAAAUAAGGGGAAACUUACUUUGUAUGAUCUGUUCAAGAAAUUGUGUAAUUUUAUCUGAUGUUGUUCAGACUCUUUAAAAUGGUCUACGAGUGCAUGCCGAAU